AUGGUACUUCAAAGGAAGGAUACCUCAACAAGCACCUGCAGCAGCUCCUCCUCCUCCUUCUUUAGCUCACAACCAAGGCCCUUCUGGAAACACUCCUUCUUGGUUCUUAUUUUUGAGAGUGACUUCUCCUCCUUCAGCAGUGAUAUGUGGACAGGCCUUCAGAGCCUUCAGGAGAAGGCUAGCUCAUCCCAAGGUGUUGAUCCUAUGGACACAAGUUUAUCACCUCAAAGUGAUGGUGAAGCUUCUGAAGAGAGAAAUGAGGAAGAAGAAAAAGGAAGUGAAAAAGAAGAAGAAAGAAAUGAGGAUGAAGAAAGAGAUGAAGCAAAAAAGAGUGAUGAAGAAACUGAAGAAGAAGACGAUCAUGAUGAUAGCUAA